AUGGCAUACAACCGCCCAUACAACCCGGACGAGCUGCCGAGGUUCGCAGAACCCGAGCAAAAAGGCAACGCCAACUCCCCCAUCUCCGCGCAGGCCCCCACGUCGUCACGGUACGAAACCAAACCCCCUCCGCCUCGCCCGGCCGAACACCGGCCCUCCGGCGACCCUUACGGUGCCCGCCCACAAGGCCGGCUAUCACCACGGCAGCCACCGCCGCCAGAUCGCUAUGGGAUGAGCCCACCCCCUGCCGCCGGCGCUGGCCGUCCGAUUCACCAUAACCUCCCCCCUACAAACUCGCGGCCGCCGCCGAGCCCCGCGCCGCGCGAUAGCGCCGCUGAUCCGACACUGCUGCCGCUUUUCAGAGCUGUAGAUAAGGAUGGUACCGGCCAGCUUUCCGAGCGCGAACUCUCAGCUGCUCUCGUCAACGGUGACUGGACAGCAUUCGACCCGCAAACGGUGCGCAUGAUGAUACGCAUGUUCGACAGUGACCGCAGCGGUACGAUCGGGUUCGAGGAGUUCUGCGGGCUCUGGUCGUUUCUGGCCUCAUGGCGCUCGCUCUUCGACCGCUUCGACGCCGACCGGUCGGGUAACAUCAGCCUAGACGAGUUCAACAACGCGCUUGUGGCGUUCCGGUACCGCCUCAGCGAGCGGUUUGUCGAGAUCUUGUUCCGCACCUACGACAAGCGUGGCGAAGGGGUCAUGAGCUUUGAUUUGUUUGUGCAGGCGUGCAUCAGCCUCAAGCGCAUGACGGAUGUGUUCAAGCGGUAUGAUGAAGACCGCGAUGGGUACAUCACUCUGAGCUUUGAGGACUUCUUGACCGAGAUCUUGCGCCAGCUGAGAUAA